CCGGGGUAUUAGCGACCUUAGUCGAGGACUGCUGUAAUUUUAAGGAAUCACUGUUCUGAAGGAUCCGCCUAGACAGUGAGGCUUGGGGGCAGGGGACGUCUGUAACUGUCACUGACAGCGAUUGAGUCUGGGUCUAGAAAGCUGGCAAGAUCAGAAAUGAGGGCUUUGUGAUGUACCUGAGAUGCGGAAGCCCUGUAAGGAUUAGCAUUUAGACUGAAUGGGAAGAGUCAUGAUAAGCAGCUGGGUAUUACAGGCUGUGGACAGUCAGAGGGGCAGGGUUGAGAUCUGGAGAGUUAGGUUUUUCGGAAUAUGUGAACACCAGAGGAUGGGGCCUUGGGGUCAGGGGUGGUGGUAUUUCCAGGAGUCCGAUCAACUGUCAGUGUCUUUCAGAGUUGGUGUUUUGUGUGCUGUGAUGGGUAGUGGGAUCCUGGAAGCUGAUGGGAUGAGAGUUGGUGGAAUAUGAGGUGUUUUAUAUUGAAGUGCUUAUGGGGAUGGUAUAUUGUUAUCUGGGGAGAAAAGAUACCAAUAAUCCUAACUGUCUCGUUAGUGGCGGGGUUCUUGGUAGGAAUUAUUAAUAAUUAUUAAAAGUCCUUUAUGAUUUUAUGACUAGAAUCCUGAGGUCAAGAGCUUGUGAGGUUGCUGGUCUUAAAGACAAGGCUCUGUGAGGUCACUGACUGGAGUUCAAUGGAGGGUAUGAUUGUUUUGUGAAGAAUGGCGGCUGGGAACCUCUGUGGAGAGGAUGUAUGUGAAGAAAGAAUGGGAGCAGCUGAAACCUGCGCAGAGGAACUUAUCAAUGGGUAAGAACAAUUCCCCAUCACUUGGAUUGUGUUCACUGCAAUCCCUUCUGCCUCAAGUCUCAAUGGGAAAUCAAGAUCCCAAACAAGGCAUGAUCUCUAAGUUGGAAAAAGAAGAAGAGCCAUCAUCACUGGGAGAGGCGAAAACAACCAGCCCACAUGGUGUGAGCAAAAUAGCACGACCCAAGGAAUCAGAAGCCAAUGAAAAGCUUCCUCUACCCGUGUUCGAAGUCCAACAAGAUGAUGAUCACAUAGAGGAAAAGCAGAAAUCUCGAGGCAAGCUCAUUGAGGAAGCUACAUUCAAGAAGAAAAAUUCAACUAGUAAGAAAAGCAGCGCAUGUGCUUUGUUGGAGAAAAAAAAAGUCAGUACAAAACAUGUUCCUUCAAAAAAAAAGCUUCCGAAAUCUGAUUCACAUGGAAAGAGCUUAAAGCAGAAUUUAGAUUUACCUGAUCAGAUUAAAAACACUACAAAAAAGAAAUCUGAUACAGCUAAAGAACACACAAAAUCAUUCAGCCAAACCAUAUCUGAUACAGCAAAAGAUAAAAUUCCAGCUAGAAAGAAAUGUGAGAAAAUCCUCAACAAAAAGUCACCUGGUAAAGGUGACAGAAAUUACACUGGCAAGAGAUGUGAGGAGGUGUGCCAUCGUAGCCCAUCUCAUGGUAAAGAAGAUGAGCUCCAGACUGGAGAGAGACAGAAAUCGUCUAGCCGUAGUUCACCUACCAAGUCUGAGAAAGCUCCAGCUUCUGGGAAGCCUUAUAAAUGCAAUCACUGUGGGAAGGUCCUCAGCCAUAAACAAGGGCUCGUUGACCAUCAAAGAACUCAUACCGGGGAGAAACCAUUUGAAUGUAAUGAGUGUGGAAUAGCUUUUAGCCAGAAGUCCCACCUGGUUGUACAUCAGAGAACUCACACUGGAGAAAAACCAUAUGAAUGUGUUCAGUGUGGCAAAGCUCAUGGUCAUAAACAUGCCCUCACUGACCAUCUAAGAGUUCAUACUGGAGAAAAGCCCUACGAAUGUAAUCAGUGCGGAAAAACCUUUAGACACAGCUCAAACCUUAUGCAGCAUGUAAGAUCGCACACAGGUGAGAAGCCUUAUGAGUGUAAGGAAUGUGGCAAAUGCUUUAGAUAUAAUUCAUCUCUUACUGAACAUGUGAGAACACACACAGGUGAAAUACCAUAUGAAUGUAGCGAAUGUGGCAAAGCUUUUAAGUAUAGUUCAUCCCUGACUAAACACAUGCGAAUUCAUACUGGCGAGAGACCAUUUGAAUGUGAUGAGUGUGGGAAAACUUUUAGCAAAAAGUCCCACCUGGUUAUACAUCAGAGAACUCAUACAAAGGAGAAGCCUUAUAAGUGUGAUGAGUGUGGGAAAGCCUUUGGACACAGUUCAUCCCUUACUUACCAUCUGCGAACUCAUACAGGCGAUUGCCCCUUUGAAUGUAAUCAGUGUGGUAAAGCCUUUAAGCAAAUCGAAGGCCUUACUCAACACCAGAGAGUUCACACUGGUGAGAAACCCUAUGAAUGUCCCGAGUGUGGGAAAGCCUUUAGUCAGAAGUCACACCUCAUUGUGCACCAGAGGACUCACACAGGGGAGAAGCCCUUUGAAUGCUAUGAAUGUGGGAAGGCGUUCAGUGCGAAAUCCCAGCUUGUUAUACACCAGCGAUCCCACACUGGAGAGAAACCCUAUGAAUGUGCUGAGUGUGGGAAAGCCUUUAAACAGAACGCUUCUCUUACCAAACAUAUGAAAAGUCACUCAGAAGAGCAAUCUAAUGAGGAAAAUUAAUGUAGGAAAUCUGACGACUGACUGGUUUGGUCUUGUUCAAUGUUAAAAGAUGGUCUCAACUUGAUGUAGGUUAGAAAAUCUUUUUUAAGGACAUUAUUCCUUGUUAUACAUGAGAGAAUUUGAAUGUGGAUCUUUACAUAAUAGCAAUGGAUUAAUAAUAAAAUUUAAAAUUGAUCCUAAACCUAUACAGAAAAUACUGUAUUUUUACACUUGUUAUAAAUUAUCUCCAUAUUAGUACAAAAUAUGAAUCUUAAAAAAUGUAAAUAAGGAUUUGGGGAGAUAACUUAAUCAGUAAAAUUAUUCCUGAGCAAGUAUGAGGACCUGAAUUCCACACUUAGAAUCCCUGUUAAAAGCUAGAUGUGGGGGCAUGUGCUUGCAAUCUCAGAACUGGGAAAGUUGAGACAGGAGAGUCCCUGAAACUACCUGACCAGACAGACUAGCCAAAUUUGCAAGCCAUAUGUCACAGGGAGGAAAUCUGCUUUAAAACAAGAUACAGUUAUCCUGAGGAAAAUACAUUUGACAUUCGGCCUGCACAUAUGCACUCACACAUAUGACCACACACAUACAAAAUUGUGAAAAUAUUAUUAUAGUAACAAAUGACCAGUAAAAUAUGCCAAGAAUUCAUUAGCUAGUAGUCUGUUGUGUACCGAAGCACCAUAAUUAGUAUUUAAUCUGUAUUUCUGCUUUUGCAUACUUACUGCCUUGUGUAAAAUAAAAGUGUGGUUAUCCCCUCUGGUAUGAUCUAGCUUUCUUUGCUAAUGUCUAUGUUGGCUCUGAAUCAGUAGAAAACUUACUAGGUUUUUUUUUUUUUUUUUAAGUAGCAUCUCACUGUGUAGUCCUAACUAGCCUAGAACUUGCUAUGUAGACCAAACUGGCUUCAAACUAACAGAGAUGUGCUUGUCUCUGCCUCCCAAGUGCUGGGAUUAAAGGCUUGAAUAGAAAAUUUUAAGGGGUUUUGUCUAGAUGUUGUUAAUGAGAGGUUAAGGAAAAGCUGAAAAAAUGUGCUGGUAGAGAAUGAUGCUCAAGUUAUGUUGUUAAGCACAGACAGUGGAUAUAGUAAUUCUCACUGUGGACAAACAGGGUGUGUUUGCCUGUCUUUUCCUGCCUCUUUGUGUACAAAUGUAAUUAUACUCAUAUAUUUGUAUAUGAAUAGACUUGUUUUUUUAAUCCAGAAGAAACUUUAGUGGUUACCACUGAACACAGAAGUACAGGAUUGAGGUCUGACAGUUUUAUCGUGUACAUGUGUUAUAUUCAAAUAUAUAUUAAAAUACUUUUAUAUGCACAAAUUAGCACAGUUAAAAAAUACAGCUAAGUCCAUUCCACAGUGUUUGACAAAGUAACAAGGUUUCUAUGCUCAUUUAUGAACAAUGAAUUUGUGGUAUAUGGCACUAAACCUUGAUAUUGAAUUCACACAAAGAUUGUCCUUUUGAACACAGAUUUUGUUAACAUAACGAUUCACAACUGUAACAGUAUUUUAUUUCCCUUGUUUGCUAUUAAACUGAAGAAUAAUUCUGGGUACAGAUGAAUGAAAGUGGUAUUUUGAACCAUCAUUCCAUUUUAUUUCAUAUUCAGAGUCUUCAUUAACAAAUGUCUUAGUCACGGAUUUCAGCUGUACUGCAGCAAAUGCCUCCAUACCUUGUUCUUGCCCAGUGAGCAGAUACUGUUGAUGGAUCACUCACUCUGCUUCUCUCAGAGUGUUUCAGAAUGUCAAGCAUGCACUCCAGGAGGUUCUGCCUGUCAGUUUGACUUUGUUCAAGAGACCUGUCUGCCAUUUCAUGCUUUACUAGCUGGUGUCUAACUGCUGUGAUCAAACACCAUGACGAAAAGCAACUUGGGGAGAAAGGGGUUUAUUUCAUCUUAUGGCUUCUAGUCCGUUCUCCAUGGAAGCCAGGGCAGGAACUGAAGGCA